CUAGAAUAGGUUUGAUAGCGUCUUGAUUCACAGGGAUUUAUCGUUGUUGUCCCCAUAUUCCACGUCACCUGCAAGGUUCCGAUGCGUCAAAAACACAAUCACGUGACCGGAACAAAGCCGGAUCUAAAACUGUGACAUAGCUCAGAAGAAUGCAUUGUGGAACCGAGAAGGCAAUAUUUAGUUUCCUCAUCGGGCCAAUAACAUUACACGUACCGUGCUCUUCGCCAUUUUGACUCAGCAGUUUCACCGGCCUCCGUUGUAACAUUGAGCCAAUGUAGGAAACUGUCGGCCGGAGGCUUUUCCUGUGUUCCAUCCACCGUGAACCGUGAACUCUCACACUUCGUGAGUUCAUCUGCUAACAUGGCCGCUUCGUGGCUGCUGAAGAGAUGCUGCUCCACAGCAGCUACAGAGACAACCAAGGGCACAAGGUGGCAAAGACUGGUCAACAGUCGCGCAGGAGUAUGGUGCCGAAGUCUUUUAAGCGAUUAUAAGGAGGCUUGUCGUGAGACUGUGCUGGGGGCCCGGGAGCGACCCCUCAAAGCCUCGGUCUACUUGGGUGUUCUGGGAGGAAUGUACGCCUGCUAUUACACCAAUCCUGACGAUGCCUCCUUUGAGACCAGCCUGCUAGAAACCUCCAAUCGUCUGGCGCUCCUGUCUCCAUGGAUUCGCAGUGGCACCUCAGAUGGACACGUCCAGACCCUUGUGAAACUGCUAAACGAGGGCAGGCUGCGCUAUGCCAGUCUGGGCAUCGCCUCUUUGACUUAUUACACAGACUAUGACUCCGAGUCCAGUCUGUAUGAGGCACGCUGCUCGGCGAUCUCUGUGCCCUGGGCAGAACUGCCGAAACGCGUGCUGGAUGUGGGCUUUGCGGGACGCUGGUGGGUGCUUGAUCAUAAAAUGAAGGAUUUCGAUAUAAAUGAAGAGGAGUUCAAACAUCUUCCACCUGCUUUGGUGGCAACAGUGCCACCGUCACCCCAGAUAACAGAAAGCAACGAAAAGCUGCAUCAGGAAUCAUGGAAAGCCGUGGUGAUGGAAGACGAGAGCGAUGGAUUAGAUAGUAUACAAAAAGACAUGGACACACCUGUUAAAGAAACAGAGAGCAACACAUUAUACAAAGCACAGACUUCUUAAUCAGCAUGUUAACUUUAACACUAUAGCUCACAUUAAGAUGAGCCUAAAGAAACAUGCUUGUAAGAGUCAGCUGUUGAUAAGAAAUGACAAGUAAAAGAUAUGAUAACAGGAAUCAUUAUUGUAAUGUGUAUGUGGAAAUAAACAACAUAAUCAUUAUUUAACUGCAAAAUAACAAGUACAUAUAAUUGUGAUUGGUUGACUGUAAAUAUAUGAAAACAACUGCAGUGUAUGCUGAUCUUGUUUUGUGUGACAGAAACAGUAUAACAUCACUACAUAAACUGAUAAAAAAUAGAA